UUUCUGACGGUGGUUACCAAUUACGUGAGCUCCCUCAGCGCUCUGUCAGCUGAACUUGACAUUGACGACGCAACCAGAGCGAUCGCGUAGUUGUGAAUUUUGUAUAGGUGUUAUUAGCCGAUAUUAAAGGUAGUUAGUUGCUGGCUCAGUACCCUCAAUUUCCUCAGUGCGAGACGCGAAAGAUCGAUACGCUCAGAAUGGAUGAGGAUGAUCUUCAUUUCAACGAUCUUCCUUUCGAGCUGAUGUGCGAAAUCUUGGACUACCUGCCCCUGCGAGACAUCAAGAAUGCGUCCACCGUAUGUCGACGCUGGAAUGCGAUCAUCUUCUCCGAGGUGUACAUCCACCGGUUCCGGUUGCAGCUAAACCUCGACCACUCGCUGCCCGUGCUGAAACAGAUGGUCCAGCUGCUCGAGGCAAGCGACCGCGAGUACUACAGCGUGGUGCUGCGAGCGAACCUCGGCAGCCCCCUCACCGACGCACGGCUACGGAUUGUGAAGCUGAUGAUACGCCUGCUGGCUCAUCGGUCCGAGUCGCUGUACUUUAACAUGGCGGACUUCAGGAUUGAGUCGUGCGUUUCCGAGCGGUUGUUGCGUGGCCGCAAGCUACAGGUCAUCGACACCCGGGCCAAGUACAUACCGCUCGGGAUGGGGCUGAAGGAAUCGAUGCUGGCCGCCAUCUGCGAGUAUGCAGUCGAUCUGGUUGACCUAGUAAUAGCCGAGAUGAACAUCAACAACCCGAAAGCGCUUGUGCCACUGUCCUCGCUGAAGCAUCUGAAGCUGCUACUGAUCAGUGAUUACUAUCCGUACAUUAAGCCACCGGAACCACCGAUCAAUCUACCGUGUCUCGAGAACCUGUCGCUUAUCAAGGUGACAGACGAGUCCUGUCACUACUUUCGGGUGGAUAACUUGAAGCGCUUCUUCAUCCAUUCGACCGGCACCGAUGCACCGCGUACGAUGGACUUUAUCACACAAAACAUUACACGGGUUAACCGACUUUGUCUACACUUUACUGCCCGCUCGAUCCAAGCGGAUGUGAUCUUCGGGUGGCUUGAUCGAUUCCCGAACCUGCACACGCUGGAACUCGCCGGCGUAGCGCUUCCCGUGGACGUGCUUAAACAUCUCAGCCCGGUCAAUCGUUUGCAGAAGCUUAUAUUCGUAUCCUGCCAUCUGGAAUCGGUCCUACUGGAGGGUCUGGAAGAGAAGCUGGCUCAUCUCCGGUUGCUGUGCUUUGACGGGUGCUCACUGUUUCACCGGCAGCAGUCCGGAUUCCAUCCCCUCCACUACGAUGACAUUGAGGAACUCCGGCACCUACUUCCGUACUGUAGCGUCAUGUUGGAUUACGAUUGAUCGGGACACAAGAACGGUACACUUUCUUGGCCCCCUUUUGCUUGCUAUUCGGUUGAAUCUUUCAAGUACAAUAAACACACCAUUCGUCAAAUGUCGUCGUCCAGAGAGGGGGUGGAGGGGCAUAUGAGUAGCUCUCAAGCAUCAUAAAAGGCGUGCGGCAUAUACACAACCCUGGGAAACCCUUAACGGCAGCUUAGUUGCACACACAUAAAGAGAGUAAUCUCCUGGAACACUUCUUUGUGGUACAUAAUGCAGACACCGCUUACCAACCCCGUAAUCGUGUUAAGGAAUUUAAAAUGCAAGACUCUCUCUCUCUCGCUCUUCAUAUUCCCCGUGCACCCUGUGUCACAAGUGCAUCUUCUAAACUAAACCACAUUCACCCGACAGGCAGAUCGCAGUAAAGUGAACCACAAAGGACACACAUCUCGCUUUGCACUUGACGGCAACAGAAAAGCAUGCUCGGGCUUUUAUGGAACUCGCUUCAGGUUUUCGCCCAAGGUUCGGUGCCAUUUCGUUUGUGUGAUGCACACCGUCUGAUCCUUGUCCCCACUCGUCUGCUCGCCUCCCAAGUCGUCGGGCGAAUCCUUGCAUGCGUUUUUAAUGCCAACAGACAGCUCUAGCAACACUUUCCAAUGGCAAUCAUCCGAUGGUGAUAAGAGCAACGAAGGUAUGAUUCCUUUCUGAUGUUUGCUUGCUUUCUUCGUGAAAGCCCGAGAACACCAGAAAAGGACGAAAUUCACCGUCUGCUGUAGGGGGUUUUAUCUUUGCGCGCUCAAUUUCGCAAACCAGACGCUUCUGCAGGAUGUCUCAGGAUGGCGUCCCGAUGCAGGUGGCGGAAGAGUGUCAAUUUUUAAGGAAUUGUUUCUUUGUACUCAAAUGUAUGUAUUUUGGUGGAUUCGUGGCCCGAUAGGAGAAAUACAAUGCUGCGAGGCAAAGCUGGUACAAA